AUGCAAGACGGGCGGCUUCUCUUCAUUGAUGCGUACGAUUCUUUCUCAAACUCCAUUAUCGCGCUACUUCGGCGGGAACUUGCAGUAACUGUUGAAAGCAUCAAAAUCGACGAUGCUCGCUUUGUCCUCAACGACAAAGCUUUCAGCAAGUUCCUUGAUGGCUUCGACGCGGUUGUUGCGGGGCCCGGUCCCGGACAUCCUUCGAACGCCAAUGACAUCGGGCUGAUCAGAAAAUUGUGGACUCAACCUCCAGAUCAUGUUAUACCUGUUCUUGGGAUCUGCCUCGGAUUUCAGAGCUUGUGUCUGAUGCACGGCGCUCAGGUGGUGCGGCUUAAACAGCCUAGACACGGCAUUGUGAACAGCAUCUCACACUGCGGCCAGGACAUCUUCGCUAAGGCUGGCGAAGUGGUCGCGACUCAGUAUCACUCCCUACAUGUUCGAUUAUCGGAUAAUGAGGACGGGCAUUUGAAUGAGUGUCUUUGGACGCCUUCUCAGGAUGGUAGCAUCAUUCCGCUUGCGUGGGAUUGUGCAGACUCUACCAAUGGAAACGUUUUGAUGGCCGUCAGACACAAGGAUCAGCCAUUUUGGGGGUUUCAGUAUCAUCCGGAAUCCAUAAGUACCAACAGUGAGGGACACAGCAUUAUUCGGAACUGGUGGGCCAUUGCGUGGGAAUGGCGCUCUGGUCAAUCUCGCAGAGACUCGGGUCUUUCGCUGUGCUUGCCGGCGCCGCUUGAUUCAGUUGGAGCACUCAAUGAGCCGGCGCUUGGACAAAAUUUCAGAAGCCGAAAAAUUUCGUGGUCAACUCUUCUGCCAUCGAGCGUGCCGGAUGUUGCAGAUGUGGUCGAGCGAUUACAAGCACAGUCUUUGUGUAAGGAACCGAUCAUACUUGAAUCUGGCCUACGAGAUGCGCGACCCUUAAACCCUGAGACGGGGAGGUACAGCAUCAUUUGCUGCCCAGAAGCUUCCUCUAUACAAUUAUGUUACUCUACCUCGGAUCGCACGCUGAGCAUCCGCAGAGAUGGCAAGCUUGAAAAUGUGCCUGAUUCUUGCACUAAUGAUGCUUUCGAGCAGGUUGAUGAAUACAACAGAGCCUACUCGAAUCUUGAAGGGCCGCUGGACGUUCCCUUCUGGGGUGGCUUUGUUGGAUAUGUCUCGUACGAGAGCGGUCUAGAAACUAUCGACGUUACGCCUCCCGCGACGAACAAGGCGGGCAGACCUGACUUCUGGUUCGUAUUUGUUGAGCGUAGCCUCGUCUUUGAUCAUUGCAGCGGCAUGAUCUACAUUCAAUCUCUUAAGGCCCACGAUGAUGUAUGGCUUGACUCUGCGAAGAAAUGUCUUAAUUCUGUGCACCGCAAAUUUUGGAUACCAGUGUCGACAAGUGUUCGCCAGCAAUCCGAAGGCAGACUCACCGCCGGUCCUCAGCAGUUGCAAUAUUGUCAAAAGGUCCAUGACUGUCAAGAAAAGUUGCGCGCUGGAGAGUCUUACGAACUGUGUUUGACUGACCAGUCGGUAAUCACAAAUACGCUUCGACCAUGGAAUUUAUAUCGGCAACUACGAAAACAGAAUCCGGCUCCGUUUGGAGCCUAUAUCCGUUUGUCAUCAAACCACCAUGGAGGACUCUCGCUGCUUAGCAGUAGCCCAGAACGCUUUCUCUCGUGGUCUCGAUCGGGCAGUUGUCAAUUUCGGCCGAUCAAAGGCACCGUCCGCAAAUCACCCAACACUACUCGUGAACAAGCAGAGGCUGUAUUAAAUUCGACCAAAGAGCAAGCGGAAAACCUCAUGAUCGUUGAUCUUAUUCGGCACGAUCUGAGCGGUGUUAAAGGAGUUGAUAAUGUUCGUGUGCCAAAGCUCAUGUCUGUAGAGGAGUAUGAGACGGUCUACCAGCUCGUGUCCGUCAUCGAAGGAGAACUCAAUGAGCGAAACUCUGGCACAGCAGUCUUAGCUGCCUCACUUCCUCCUGGCUCGAUGACUGGCGCUCCGAAGAAGCGUUCGUGCGAAAUUCUUAAGGAAAUUGAACAGUACAAGCCACGAGGCCCAUAUAGUGGUGUCAUGGGAUACUUCGACGUCGGCGGCGGCGGAGACUUCUCAGUCAUCAUCCGCUCGGCAUAUCAGUGGGAUGAUGGAGGUAGUGACUGGCACAUCGGAGCUGGCGGUGCCGUCACGGUCCUCAGUUCAGCAGAGGGUGAAUGGCAAGAGAUGCUCACUAAACGGGACAGCUUGCUGCCCACAUUUCUUCAGUAA